AUGGGAGACGUCUCAGGUCACAAUAUGGCUCAAAUAUUCUCGGCGAUGGAAUUGAGCUCCGGAUGGUCUUUCAAGCAGACCGACGAUUCCAGCAAAGACGCCUGGCUACCCGUGAAGAAAGUGCCGUCUACUGUGCAUCAAGAUUUGAUAGACAACAAAAAGCUUGCUGACCCGUUCAUUGGCUUUAAUGAGAUCAAAGCAGAAUGGGUUGGUAGAAAGUCAUGGACUUACCGUACGAAAUUUCACAAGCCUGCGGCAUCUCCAGGCUCUACCACUGUCCUGGCUUUCGACGGACUAGACACAUUCGCACACGUGCGGCUGAACGGCAAGACCAUCCUCGAGAGCGACAACAUGUUCCUCCCACAACGCGUGGAUAUCACGCACGCAAUUGGUGACGAGAAGGAAUACGAGCUGGAGAUCGAAUUUGAUUCUGCACUCCUCAAGGCUCGCGACAUCGAGAAACAACAUCCCGAGCACAAGUUCGUCUGCUUCAACGGAGACACCGCAAGACUUGCAGUCAGAAAAGCACAAUACCACUGGGGAUGGGAUUGGGGCCCACUCUUGAUGUGCGCAGGGGUUUGGCGGCCCAUUAGAAUUGAAGUCUACUCUGCCAGAAUCUCAGACAUACGGACAGACCUGAAUUUGGCUAAAGACUACAAGUCUGCGACGGUCCGCGUAAGCGCCGAGGUGGAAGGGCAUGAAAAGCAUAGCCUACACGCUAGGAUGACAAUCAGCCUGGAUGGAAAGACAGUUUCGACUGCAAAUGCUACAGUGUCCGCCCACGGCAAAGUAUCGGAAGAUCUGAAGGUUGACCAGCCUUCAUUGUGGAUGCCUACAGGUUACGGACAGCAAGCUCUGUACAAAGUAGAAGUAGUCAUAUCUUCCGAGGGUGAAGAACUUCAUUCAGACUCACGGCGUAUCGGGAUGCGCAAGGUUGAACUCGUUCAAGAACCAGACGCUCACGGAAAAAGCUUUUACUUCCGCAUAAACGGUACCGAUAUUUUCUGUGGUGGGUCUUGCUGGAUUCCAACCGACAGCUUCUUGACCAACGUCACUCCCGAAAAACUUCGAGCAUGGAUAGAGCUCAUGGUCCCUGCAAACCAGAAGAUGCUACGAGUUUGGGGUGGCGGCAUCUACGAAGAAGACGCCUUCUACGACGCAUGUGACGAGCUCGGCAUUUUGGUCUGGCAAGACUUUAUGUUUGGAUGUGGCAAUUAUCCUUGCUUCCCUGAGAUCCUCAAAUCGAUCCAAGCAGAGGCCGUUGCCAACGUCCGUCGACUUCGUCACCACCCGUCGAUUGCUAUCUUUGCCGGCAACAACGAAGACUACCAGGUGCAGGAAUCAGAAGGGUUGACAUAUGACUAUGCAGACAAGAAUGAAGACAAUUGGCUCAAGACAGAUUUCCCAGCUCGAUACAUCUAUGAAUCACUUCUACCAAAGGUUGUUGCUGCGGAGGUAGCCUCGAUCCCUUAUCACCCUGGAUCACCAUGGGGUGAUGGCAAGAUCAGCUCCGACCCUAGAGUCGGCGAUAUGCAUCAAUGGAACGUCUGGCACGGUACCCAAGAGAAAUACCAGAUCUUCGAUUCGUUGGGUGGAAGAUUCAAUUCAGAAUUUGGAAUGGAAGCUUUCCCGCACAUUGCGACCAUCAGGUCGUUUGUCGAAGAUCCUAAGGACCUCUAUCCGCAGAGCCAUGUGCUCGACUUCCACAACAAGGCUGAUGGUCAUGAACGAAGAAUAGCAACGUACCUUGUUGAAAACGUCCGGACAUGCACCGAAAUCGAAGCAUACAUUCAUCUCACACAACUCAUUCAGUGCGAAGCGCUCAUGUUCGGCUACCGUGGGUGGCGAAAGCAGUGGGGAGACAACAGACAUUGCGGAGGCGCACUUGUCUGGCAGCUGAACGACUGCUGGCCCACGACCAGCUGGUCGAUUGUUGAUUAUUACUUGAGGAGAAAGCCAUCGUAUUAUUCAAUUGCAAGGGUCCUUGCACCUGUCGCAGUUGGCGUCCGCCGGAAGCACCAUGAUUGGAGCGUGACUCAUGCUCGCGAGCCGAAGACGCAAGAAUGGGAGCUCUGGGCAGUCAGCUCGGAGAUGAAAACCAUCACGGCAGAUGUGGAGCUUAGAUUCAUCUCUGUUAAGACAGGCAAAGAGAUCAAAAACAAGAUCAUCAAGAAAGGCGUCGAGGUCAAAGCGAAUGGCACGACCGAAAUCACAACAGGCUAUAUAGACAACUUCGGCGAAGAGCCGCACGUGCUCGCAGCCCGGAUUUGGGUCGACGGGCAACUUGUGGCCCGAGACACCGACUGGCCGCAGCCAUUGAAGUACUUGCCGUUUCCCAGCAGGAACGUUAAGGUUGAGGUUAAGGGCGAUAAGUACCAUGUGUCAGCAGACCGCCCAACGAAGUGCUUGGUAUUCGAGGAAAGGGAGGGGUGUCACUUAAGCGACAGUGCAAUUGACGUGCUGCCAGGCGAUGAACAGGUCAUUACUUUCCGAGGUGUCAAACCCGGCGAGCCAGCUUUGGAUUGGACGUACCUGGGUGCAGGGGAGCAACGAUGA